CGGCGGCGCCACGGGAGCGGGCCGCGGCGCCAUGGAGGCGCUGCUGGAGCAGGUGGCGCAGCUGCCGGGGCUCCUGGCCGUGUCCCGCUCCGCGCUGGUGCGCGCCUGGGACGCCCCGACCCUCGCCAGGGCCCUGGAGUGGGCCCGCUACUUCCAGCACCUCCACGGCCGCUUCCGCGCCCGGCCGCGGCUGCGGGCCGCUCUGGGGCGGCGGCUGCGGCAGGGCCAGCCGCGGCCUCUGCUCGGCUUCCGGCACCUGGGGCGCUGCCCGGCGCUGCUGAGCCUGGCGCUGCUGGAGAACCGCGCGCUGCCGCCCGCCGCCUGCCGCCGCCUCCUCCGGAGCCUGCUGCACCCCGCCGCCGGCGCUGCCGAGCCCCUCAGCCUCGCGCUGCUCGCCCGGCGCAAGGCGGCCUCCCGCCUGCUGGCGCUGCCGCCGCGCCCGGCGGGGCCCCCGGCGGCGCCGCAGCCGCAGGUGCGGGCCGAGGCGCAGCUGCUGCUGGCGCGGCUGCGCGAGGAGGAGGCGGAGGAGGAGGCCGAGGCGGGGGGCGGCCGGGCGGGCGAGCCCCGGGAGCGGCUGCGCUGCGUGGCCGAGCUCCUGGAGCAGCUCCCCGAGCCCAGGGCCCUCCAGGUGGUGGCGGCGACGCUGUUGGAGCCGCGGGGCGGCGGCGAGGAAGGGCUGGGGGACGGAGCAGGGCACGGACACGUGGCCGCGCCGCUGCUCUCCUGGCUGCUGCAGAGCCCCGAGCGAUUUUCCGCCUUCUGCCUCCUGCACCCGGGCCCUCUUCUUGCUUCCCUUGCUGCCCGCUAUUCCCAGUUAAGCGCCCCGUAUUUGGACCUCUUAGCUGCCUGGGGAAGCCGUUUGCACUAUGAUCCUUUGCAGGGGCGGUGGGAUGAUAGUUGUCCUGACAAGGCCGAGAUGUCCUGGGAGGAGCUGAGGGAGCGUCUUUGCUGCCUCUGCCGGGGACCUGCACCGCUCCGGGGACAGACCCGAGCUGCCCUGGAGCUCCUGAAGGUGCAGGAUGGAGACUUUGGUGUCUGUGGCUUGAGCGUGUGGACUGACCUACUGAUGGAAGUAGAGAAAUCCAUGAGGAAAGAGAGAGAACACUAACAUGAACUCAAGAGCAUCCUUAAAACUUUUUAAAUCCAAGAAACCUACUUAUAUGCUCUAUAUUUAAUGUGAAAGGCAAGGAAGAGAACUACACCUCACUUUGGGCUGAAGACUGAUGUGACUGAGCACACUUUGUAUGAUGUCCAUUCAGGAGGCCUGGUGGCUUUUUUGUAAUUGUACAGUUAACUCUGGUCACUAGCAAGAAUUGUUUUCCUUUUUACUGCUUGCUGUACAUAUAAUAAAAUGAAGAAAAUGCCUUUUGUUUCAGAAACAGCGCUUUUCCCUUUGUGAGAGAGCAUACUGCAGUUCAAAUGCACCACGGUCAUGACAGUGUCCUGUCUCUUUCUAACUGUCGCAGGCUGACCAAAUGUUCAAAGCACAAGGUGGGCUUUCAGACUUGAAAACUACAAGUUCAGGAUUACUUCAGCAAUAGCUGUAUUUGUUGGGUCAUCUGUUUUAGUGGGUGUUUUCAUGUUUCCAUAUGCCUUGUGUGUGGCUUUGCAUCUGGAUUUAAGUAAAGAUGAGAGAAAGCCAAUUGGAAAACCUGUUGAAAAGUUCUAAAAUCAGAAGGCAUUAUUAGUUACCAUGUUAAAUGCUUAUAUGCAAGUCUGUCCUAGAAAAAUUGAAGUAAAAAUAGAGUGCUCUGUU